UUUACCAGGCAAUAUAAAAGCGUGUGCAUGUUGCUCUUCUCAGUUACCAUCCCCUUCUGUUACACCGCCAUAUAGGCAAGCCAUUUCAGAACCACGCAGUUAAGGACAGCUCCCAGUGCUGAUUCUGGGAUUCAUUUUUCCAACAACCCUGCGUUUCGACAUACGAUACUGUGGAAAGAAUCAAUCAACUCAACAUUUUUUCUGGGGGGGGGGGAGAAACAUGUAAAUUUAAAACAUUGCUCCGUGAAGAUAUCUUAAUAGAAGCAGCGUUACAGUAAACGUUUUUUUUUGCAAAAAAAAAACAAAAAAAAACAACAAAACAAAAACAAAACGUUUUGCAGUGCCAUCCAAGCAAAUGACUGAUUUGGGGAUGAUGAACGUUUCUCUGUUACAUUUUGCUGGCGGAAUCCAACUUUUGGAAGGGAUGGAAAUCACUGUCGUCCUGCCUGUUAUUUUGGCAGUUAUCUGUUUCAUAGGAUUUGUGGGAAACCUGUUGAUAUUAGUGGUCCUGGUUCACGAUUUCAGAAAAGGAAAGACUUCUAUCGUCAAUGCUUUGGUGAUCAACCUAUCUGCUGCAGACUUGCUGAUUAUAUUUUUCUGCAUUCCUAUCCGCGCUGUUACUUACUCCAAGCAAUCCUGGUCUUUUGGCAACUUCGUUUGCAAGACGACAGAUUGGUUUCUUCACUGUUGCUUGGUUGCCAAAAGUUUCACUCUGGCCGCCAUUGGACAGGCACGGUACAACUAUGUUUUGAACCCUCCAAAGUUUUUACAUCUGCACCCAAAGCGCUUAAUUGGGAUUGUUCUCUUAAUAUGGACAAUAUCAUUUGUGCUGCCCAUCCCUCAUGUGGUUUUCACCACCAUGGAAGAAGAACAAAGUUUCACCCUGUGCGUUUUUGAGAUACCAUUUUACGCUUCAAACUUUAUGAACGUAUUCAGUAAGAUCUAUCCAGUGGUAGCUUAUAUGCUCCCCAUGAUUUUCACAGUCAUCUGCUACAUGAAGACCAUGAUGAGAACAAAGCCCAGGAGAAACAGAACGCCGAAUCCCCGGCACCAGAGCAAACAGAUCACCCUGAUGUUGAUGUGUGUCAGCAGUGCUUACGCGCUCAUGUGGCUGCCGGAGUGGAUAGGUUGGAUCUGGGCGCGGCACAGUUACAGCAAAAGCGGUAACCCCCCGCCUACCUUCAUGAUCUACGUGCAGGUGCUGUUGUUUGUCAACAGCGUGGUUAACCCGAUGAUAUUAAUGGCAAUGUCCGAAGAUUUCAGAGACGGGUUCGUUAACAUUUGGGGAUUGGUAAAGUGCAGGAGCCCGAGAGACGCUGGGGAGAGCAGGAGUUCAAAGGCGGAGGAAAACGGCGCGGAGACGGGGACCAGUAUCUUGCAUUCCCUGCAGGACCUUCAAAACCUGCCCAUACAAGGACAUUCAGAAGCAUCCGCGAAUAAAACGGGGAUUAUACUCCCAGACGUAGAGCACUUCUGGCAACACAGAAGGAACACAACCGCAGCAGAGGAAACUGACCCCAUUCCUUGGGAGCAUCCAGAAAAUCUACAGAGUGCCCAGUGACGGGUUUAUUCUUCUACAUAUUGUUUAUAACAAAGUUAGUUUUUAAAAGGGGGCUCGAGUCUUUAAAAAUGAAAUUGCGUCAUCAGGCUUACGAAAUGAACAGUUGGUUUUAAAAUGAACCUUUUGUUUUGUUGUUGCCUAUUUCUGUAGCAAAAACUUAAAUAUCGCGAGUCUCUGCUUCGAUACCUUACUUUCGAGAUUGUCUAGUUUUAUUCCAGAUUUCUGCAACUAUUACAUUACUACACGAAGGCUGCUUUUCUUUUCUUUUUUUUUUUUUUACUAUACACUGUUUACCAAAUGAUCGGUACAAAUAUAAAUUACAUUUACACAUUUACAAAAAACAAGCUAUAUCAUUGGAAAUUAUCCUAUACAUUCUGCUGGAAACCAUUACACAGUAUAGUGAAAACCUUCUAGUGUAAUCCUGUUUGUGCACCUUCAUUUUGAUCACAUAAAGCGGUUGACCAGCAAUUUUUGAUAUACUAUGCGCUAAUUCAUUUAACCAGUGCUUCUAGUUAGCGCUUUUCUCUAUAAUACAAAAAUAUCGAGCAGUGGUGUUUGUUUUUUCUUAAACUUUUUUUUUUUUGUUGUUGUUGUAUGGAGGUGUAUGUGUACUAAUAAUUAAACUGUAGUUCAGGUUGUCUUAACUGUAUAUUUAUGAAAGGCAAUGUGAUAUUUUGCGCAAUGUAAUGUUGGCCCAUAGCACCUCUAGUUGCAUAUUUUGAA